UCCUCCCUUUCCUGGAUUGCCUUCAUGCUUUUGGCUACAAGACUGAAGAAGACAACAGAAUUUGGGAUGGCUUCUAUUCCACUCUCAAAACUGACACAGAUGAAUGUUGUCAAGAGAUCUGUUAUAUGAUUCGAUACAUGGAGAAGAAUGGUAGGAUCGGGUACAAUCCUUGGUCUCUGAGGCAAACAGGCGUUUAUCAGAAAACCGAUCUCCAGACUGGCCACUCGACUUGGGUUCUUCUACAACCUCCUCAAAGUUUCGUGGCCAGGCUACGGGACCAUCUGGGCCACCGUAGCACAUCCCAAGAUGACUCACACUCAUUUCAAAGACAGAUGCAUGGCAUGUUCAUGUCCUUAGCACUCAACAAUAUGGGGCACUUCAUUGAAGAUUUACAGUCAAGCAUCAUGAAAUUGAACUAUAAAGCCUGUUUCUCGACACUUGAAACUGCUAAAGAGCAUGACUUUUCUGUAACCUUUUCGGAUCUUCAGCAGGUGCAACAUUUCAAACAAAGACUCCGCAGAACGUCCGGGAUGCUACAGUCUUAUGCCAGUAUCAUAGGCUCCUUUGGAAAACAUACCAGAGAACAUAGAUCCCCACGAAGCGAGCACUGCGAAAGGUCGGUAUGUCUCGAGUCGGACAUAUUUGGGAGUCAGAUCGAGGUAUACUCACGCCGAUUGGACAUGGCUCUGACAUAUGGCAAAGGCACUCACAAGCUACUGUCCAAGAUUCUUCAGUUUCGCCAUGAUGAGGUCCUGGUUCGCACAGCUACUACGAUGGAAGCUAACCUCGACGUUCUGAAACGCAUUUCUUUCAUCAACGGUGAAGAAUCUCGUAAUUUGUCCCAGAUUAGCAAGCAGGGCCAGAAAGAUUCCGAAACCGUUAAAUCUUUGACGACGAUAGCGACGAUGUAUCUCCCGGCCAGUUUGGUAGCAACGCUCUUCAGCUCCAGCCUUAUUCAGUUCCAGUAUCAAACCACCGCAAUGAAUGGGAAAGGUCAUUUCGUAAUUGCACAGGAGUUUUGGCUGUACGUUUUAGUGACCGCGCUUCUGACUUUGGUCACAUUGGGUCUAGUAGCUCUUUUGCAGAAGAGAUGGCGGCAAUCGGAAUGCGCGUCCACAACUGUAUAGCGGAGUUAUGGAACCAGAUAUCUGGAUUGAUGUCUACGUGCCACUGCGAGUGCCAGCGCAGGGGAUGAGAGCAGCCGGUCUUUAGAGCGUGUGCAAAAGUCCUGACGCUAUUUGCUUCCGUGAAUGACUUGGACUGGGCUGGGCUGGAUGAGUCCUCCAACCCACAUGACCCACCAGAAACCACUGUGAAGCUCCUGGCGCUCCAGGAGCUCCACAAUAGGGCUGAUAUAGUAUAUAUUUACCUAAAACAGUUAGUAUAUUAUCUGAAGUAGCUUAACAUGGAAAAAUUAUGAGG